ACAUCAGUUGGAGUUGAAUUGGCGAUCAGAUCGCUUACAGGGAGAUUCUGCAGGCAGGACAAAAAGAGGCGAGAUUUGGAAGCGAUCGGAAGCGAGUUUUGUAUCCUGUCACUUUGCCUUCUCUGUGCUUUUGAGUUUGGUGAAGGGAGAUCCGUUUGAGGAGAUGGCCUUCCCUCAGCUGGGGUACCCUCAGUAUCUGAACGCUAGCCAGGCUGUGUAUGCUGCCGAUCGGCAGGCAGUGCUCGCGUCUUCCCGAGGAGCCGAGCUCGGGGCUAACCCCGCCGCUGCCGCUGUAACCUCGGUGUUGGGAAUGUAUGCAAACCCUUACACAGCCCAGAACUACAGCGCUUUCCUCCCCUACACCACCGACCUCACCAUGUUCUCCCAAAUGGGGUCGCAGUACGAAUUGAAGGAUAAUCCUGGAGUUCACGCAGCUGCAUUCACAGCGCACACAGCUCCUGCCUAUUACCCUUAUGGACAGUUUCAAUACGGAGACCCAGCCCGACCCAAGAACGCCACUCGGGAGAGCACCAGCACCCUGAAAGCCUGGCUAAACGAGCACAGGAAGAACCCUUACCCCACCAAAGGGGAGAAGAUCAUGCUGGCCAUCAUCACCAAGAUGACCCUGACCCAGGUCUCCACCUGGUUCGCCAACGCCAGGAGAAGACUCAAGAAGGAGAACAAGAUGACCUGGGGCAACCGGAGUAAAGAGGAGGACGGCAACCUGUUCGGGAGCGACACGGAGGGAGAGAGCGAGAAAAAGGAGGAGGAUGAGGAGAUCGACUUGGAAAGCAUCGACAUCGAUAAAAUCGACGAGAACGACGAGGAGCAAAGCAACGGGGAAGAGGAAGAAAAGCUGAACCCCAAUUGUGAAGGGGGGAAAGCGGAUUUGGAGAGCGGGCUUGAUCCGGGAUCUGAUGGUAAUAAAGCAGAGACGGACCGAGUGGAUGGCAGUGCUGCUGAAAGCAAUAACACCAGGGGGGUAUCUCUAGGGCAGGGGAAUGUGCUAAUCCCAAAUCAUAGCAAACCCAAAAUCUGGUCCUUGGCAGAGACUGCGACCAGCCCUGACAGUGCUCAGAAACCUUCACAGACCAGCCACACGCCCUCCACCAUCCAGCACCCAGCUUUCCUCUCCAACCACGGACUGUAUACCUGUCAGAUUAGCAAGUUCCACAACUGGACAAACGGCGCUUUCCUGGGGCAGAACUCUUUGCUAAACGUGAGGUCUUUUCUGGGCGUAAAUCAUCACCAUCAUUCGCAACAUCCCCAGCCCCAGCAGCAACACCCCUCUGUGCUAACAGCAGCCCUGGGGACAGUCAGCAGUGAAAAACCAACAGAGAUCCACAGCCCAAAACACACAGAGAGAGAAAAUCUUCCUGGUGAAUCACCAUCACAGCAGCUAAACAUAUCAUUUCAGCCCGUAAAAGAAAGCUCACGGCCCCAGCAAGACGGAACCAGAGUUUUAGCGGCCAUUCCCUCCAUCUGAGGAAGUUUUUUUGGGGGGCGGAUCAAAGGAGAAAGAGAGAAGGAGAGAGAAAAAAAAACGAAAUAAGGGAAGAAAUUGAAGAAAAGCAGAAGAGCGAAUUCACUCUGGUCUUCUGUCGUCAGUGUCGGGCAAUGCAAGAUCCUUUCAAAAACUUGACAAUUAUGUAACGAUUUAUUUGACAUUGUAACAUAUCAGCACGUGUUAUUCUAAUUGAUUUUUUUUUCCCUGGCGCGAUUAUUAUCCGUUUUGGUGAUUAUUUUCCCACGUCCUGUGUUUCUAUGUAUAUACAGUGAUUAUAAUUGUAAAUAAGCGCGUGAGCAGAACUUGUUAAAAUUCAUAUAUUUUUGUCUAAUAAACUAAAAGAAAUUAGAAAAGAAAUCCAAUCUCCACGUAACCUGACAUGACGUUUUAUUAAUUUUUCCAAAAAAAAAGUCGCAUUUUACAGGUUUUUUUUU